CAAAGAUGCAAGAAUAUAAACCUAAGAAAGCUUUAUCCACAGAAGUUAUGAGAAUCUUGAAAACAUUUAAUGUUACAUCUUUGGAAGACCUUGGAAAGGCACUUGACAAUGUCAAAAUUGAUUAUAAUAAUUUGGAUCGUGAUAUUAUCUACUUGUGUCAUCUUUUCGAAAAAUUCUUUUUGUUAUUUCAAGAUAAAUCAACAAUAAACCUCGAUAACAGAGACCUACCGGAAGGCUGGUAUAACAGUCACAUUGUAGUACCAAUCUUUGAUGAUUGCCUCGAAUCAAUGGAUGAAUGUAUUCUCCGACG